AUGCGGUACAUGGCCGACCGGGACGAGUCGCACACACACCCCGCGGAGGGGACGGCUUCGGCAGAGAAGCCGGAACAGAUGGCGUCUCCCUUGGAAAGCGACCACACGGCGGGUCGCCCGCCUCCGCAACCAGUUGCCGCUGAGCAUGGCGCUACGACCGUCCCUGUGGACGAUGUCGCGGCCGGGACGAUUGUGUUUGACCCGGAUCGGUUUUGGUGCAAGGAUGCGCCGUGUUUGGAGGUUGGUGAGCGUGUUCACCCGGUGGUGACACUGGCCUGUGUGGGCGUGAUCUCGUUGAACGAGUGCUGGGACCGCCUGCAAUGGGACGCGAGUGUGGAGGCGGACGCCUACGUCAGCGACAGCCACUUCACGGUGGAGUUGUGGUUUCGCAGCAUUUCCCCGUUGAUCGGGCCGAUGACCUACCGCGAGGUGGAGUGUGCCGUGGAACACUAUCUCGGCUGGUGUUCGGCGUCGGGUAGCAGCAUGCCGGCGUGGAAGACGAAGGUGGCGCAUAAGACCAUCGCGCUGGUCCGGCCGCAGUGGUUUGAGUUGGCGCGCAGACAGUCUCUGUCCAAGAUUCGGCCGUUGUAG